GGCUUGUGAAGUUGGGGGUUCACUGUGUAACGUGUCAAAAGGUCGCUAUAAAAAUUGUCAACCGAGAGAAGCUCAGUGAGUCGGUGCUAAUGAAGGUGGAACGGGAAAUAGCCAUCCUGAAGUUGAUAGAACACCCCCACGUUUUAAAGCUGCACGAUGUUUAUGAAAAUAAAAAAUAUUUGUAUUUGGUGCUAGAACAUGUGUCCGGUGGAGAACUUUUUGACUAUCUUGUAAAGAAGGGAAGAUUAACACCAAAAGAAGCUAGGAAGUUUUUCCGACAAAUCAUCUCCGCGUUAGAUUUCUGUCAUAGUCAUUCAAUAUGCCACAGGGAUUUAAAACCUGAAAACCUAUUGCUGGAUGAAAAGAAUAAUAUCCGGAUAGCAGACUUUGGGAUGGCAUCGCUACAAGUCGGGGAUAGUUUGCUUGAAACAAGCUGUGGGUCACCGCAUUAUGCCUGUCCGGAAGUAAUCAGGGGAGAAAAAUAUGAUGGGAGAAAAGCAGACGUCUGGAGCUGUGGAGUCAUUUUAUUUGCCUUGUUAGUGGGGGCUCUGCCAUUCGACGAUGAUAACUUGCGGCAGCUGCUGGAGAAAGUGAAACGUGGUGUAUUCCAUAUGCCACAUUUCAUCCCCCCCGAUUGUCAGAAUCUCUUACGAGGGAUGAUUGAAGUGGACGCCUCGAAACGACUGACGCUAGAACACAUUCAGAAGCACAUAUGGUAUAUAGGGGGUAAGAAUGAGCCCGAACCCGAACAACCAAUUCCUCGAAAGGUGCAAAUUCGCUCUCUCCCUUCCCUGGAGGACAUUGAUCCCGACGUUUUAGACAGCAUGCACUCGUUAGGUUGCUUGCGUGACAGAAAUAACCUCUUACAGGACUUGUUAUCGGCAGAGAAAGCAAGACUGAAAGAAAACCAAGAGAAAAUGAUUUAUUUUCUCCUCCUUGAUCGGAAAGAGAGAUAUCCCAGUCACGAGGAUGAGGACCUGCCUCCUAGAAAUGAAAUAGACCCUCCCAGAAAGCGUGUGGACUCUCCAAUGCUGAAUAGGCAUGGGAAGCGGAGGCCAGAGAGGAAAUCAAUGGAGGUCCUGAGUGUAACAGACGGAGGUUCCCCAGUUCCAGCUCGCAGAGCGAUUGAAAUGGCACAGCAUGGACAGAGUAAAACAAUGUUCAGUAAAAGCCUGGAUAUCUGUGACGCCAAUCCCAAAUUCAACAAAGAAGAAAGGAUGACGAGUGCUGACGCAUUGGGGUCUCGAUCAAUCAGUGGAGCUUCGUCUGGCCUGUCAACCAGUCCCCUCAGCAGUCCAAGGGUCACCCCUCACCCCUCUCCAAGGGGCAGUCCCCUCCCUACCCCCAAGGGGACACCUGUCCAUACGCCAAAGGAGAGCCCAGCAGGCACACCCAACCCUACGCCACCAUCCAGUCCCAGCAUUGGAGGAAUGCCCUGGAGAACACGACUCAACUCGAUCAAAAACAGCUUCUUGGGGUCUCCUCGCUUCCACCGCAGGAAAUUGCAAGUACCUACACCAGAAGAGAUGUCGAAUUUAACUCCAGAAUCUUCCCCAGAGCUUGCCAAAAAGUCCUGGUUUGGUAACUUUAUCAACCUGGAGAAAGAAGAACAGAUCUUCGUGGUUAUUAAGGACAAGCCACUGAGUUCAAUCAAGGCUGACAUAGUUCAUGCAUUCCUUUCAAUUCCCAGUCUCAGUCACAGUGUCAUCUCACAGACAAGCUUCCGUGCAGAGUACAAGUCCACAGGUGGCCCCGCUGUCUUUCAGAAGCCAGUGAAGUUCCAAGUGGACAUAACCUACACAGAAGGUGGGGAGGCCCAGAAAGAGAAUGGGAUCUACUCAGUCACUUUCACACUUUUAUCAGGUCCAAGCCGUCGCUUUAAGAGGGUAGUAGAAACCAUUCAGGCACAGUUGUUAAGCACACACGACCAGCCUUCAGUUCAGCAGUUAUCAGACACCACUAACUGUUUGGAGUUGAUGACGGGGAGACUUUCCAAAUGUGGCAGCCCAUUGAGUAACUUCUUUGACGUAAUUAAACAACUUUUUUCAGACGAGAAGAACGGGCAGGUGAGCCACCCCCCCGGCACGCCAACCAAGCAUAGCGCAAACAGCAAGCGGAGCGAUUCCGAUGCUAAUGACUAUGGGCCUAGAGGAGACACUAAGUACCCCGCUGGCAAAGAGAAGGCAAAGAUGGUCUCAUCACUCGGCCUAGAAGACCAACCUUAA